GACGAUGUUUGUGGGACCUUCGUCAUUCGUCGGAAUCAUCUUCGAAGCGUUGAAAAUGGAUCGGUAGCUGGGAGAGAAACUUAAAGCGAAAUACGCAAAGAAAACGGCUUUUGUCCGCUAUUUCAGCGAUUUUUUUUGUGUUGUAAUCAGCAGAGGAAAUUUUAACAACGACCAAUCCAAUCCACUAAACCACCAGCCACUUCCUACAGCAAUUUGCAACAGAAAAAAAAUAGAAUUACCCUGCACCAGCACCAGCACUACUACUACCACAGCUCAGCAACUAAAACUAUCACACAGCCAAGCCCACAAAGGAAAGGUGAAACGCAAAAAACAAGCGCAAAAAAAUAAAACCGAGUCAGGCAACCUAAAUCGGAGGAAUAGGAAUAAAUCCAAUUUUGCGUUUGUUUCUUCGCCUGUGCCUAUAUGUGUGAUGAGAGAAAUCAACAGUAGCAACAACCAGCAGCAGCGACAUCAACGACGACUCAACCACCAAACUUGACCAACGAAAUCGCAGACCGACCGACGCAGAGCCUAGAAUCGAAUCAAUUUACAUCAACUACAGCAGCCGCAUUUCUUGGCAAUUGGAUUAAAGAAAAAAAAAAGGAAAAAACAUCCCAUAGGCGGCCACCAUUUUGAAUGAGCUGAAAAAAGAUAGAGAGAGAGCGAGCGAGAGCGUGAGAGGGUGACUCUCAUUUGUUGCACUACGCAUUGCAGCUGGCCGCGGCGUAACCGAAACACACUGAAAACUCAAAACUAAACCCUUUCCAGUUGCUCUCUCCGUCUAAUCGCGUCCAACAACAACAGCCACACCAUGGUCGAGCUGGAGGAGCAGAUGCCCAGCAUGGCUGCCGCGAUUAAUUCAGGCGGCAACAACAACAAUAGCAUCCCCAGAAGUUCAGGCGACAGCGGCAUGGGCAGCGGCAGCGGCAGUGGCGUUUCCUGCAGCAACACGGAUAACAGCUGCAGGCAGAGUCAGUCAGACGGCCAAAAUGAACUGACCCGCUACAGCAGCGAGGAUGUGUCGGGCAACGAGUCAAGCGAAGCGCCCAACAUGACCGAGAUGGAACGGCAGGCGGAACUCAACCGCCACAAGGAGGAGAUGCAGAAAAAACGGCGCAAGAAACGCAUCAGUUCCUCGCUCCAUUCCUCAACGUUCCAGGAGCUGUACAAGCUGACUGGCGAGAUUCUGGGUGAGGGGGCCUAUGCCUCGGUCCAAACGUGUGUCAACAUCUACACGGAUUUGGAGUAUGCCGUGAAAGUGAUCGAUAAAAUACCGGGGCAUGCCCGCGCCCGUGUCUUUCGCGAAGUGGAGACAUUCCAUCACUGUCAGGGCCAUCCCGGAAUUCUGCAAUUGAUCGAGUUCUUCGAGGACGACGAGAAGUUCUAUCUGGUGUUCGAGAAGAUCAACGGGGGUCCAUUGCUGACGAGGAUCCAGGAGCAUAUCUGCUUCUCGGAGCACGAGGCCUCGCAGAUCAUCAAGGAGAUCGCGUCUGGACUGGAUUUCCUCCACAAGAAGGGCAUUGCCCAUCGUGAUCUCAAGCCGGAGAACAUUCUGUGCGUCAAGACCGACUCCCUGUGCCCGAUCAAGAUUUGCGACUUUGACCUGGGCUCGGGCAUCAAGUUCACCACAGACAUCUCGUCGCCGGCCGCCACUCCCCAACUACUCACUCCAGUCGGCAGCGCCGAGUUCAUGGCACCCGAAGUAGUUGACCUGUUUGUGGGUGAGGCCCAUUACUAUGACAAGCGAUGCGACUUGUGGUCCCUGGGUGUCAUCGCUUACAUUUUGCUUUGUGGCUAUCCGCCGUUCUCCGGCAAUUGUGGAGAAGAUUGCGGCUGGAAUCGCGGUGAGAACUGUCGCACGUGCCAGGAGCUGCUCUUCGAGUCCAUUCAAGAAGGACACUUCACUUUUCCCGAGGCCGAGUGGCACGAUGUCAGUGAUGAGGCCAAGGAUCUGAUUUGUCAUCUGCUCGUGAAGAAGGCCUCGAGUCGGCUCAGUGCCGAGGCUGUUUUGAACCACAAGUGGAUUCGCAUGUGCGAGCACGAGCCACCGGUGAAGCAAUCUGGACGCCAUAAGGCUCUCCAAACACCAGCCAACAUCCGACGCAAUCACCAGUCGGCUAGGGAAAUCUCGAAGUUCGCCGAGUCAGCAAUGGCCGUGAAGCGUGUGGUGUUGCAGCAUUUCUCGAUGCGCUACGACUACAUGAAGGAGCGCCCGAAUAUCUAUCAGCCGUCGCAGGCCUACAUCGAUGCCUACAGCGAUGAAAACUACAAUCCCAAGCCGCCGGCCCACUACACCCGUAAUCGCUCCCAGCGCAAUCCAGCAGCUGCCUCGCUUUCCAGCUACGGCGGUCGGAUGUCCUCGAUGCACGGCCAGCGGGCCAACAGCCGUCAAUCCUCGAGGAAUGGGGCUUCGCGUAACGCAUCCGCUAUUUAUCCGAGCAGCGGGGGCUUCAAGACGCUUAACGUGCACGAAGAGGACGACGAUGACGAGGCUCUGGAGGCCUUUGGCCGGAUCGAUGACGAGGACGACGAGUGGGCCAGGUCGACGAAGCACUACCAGCAGCAGAGGGAGUUGCAGAAGCAGCGGGAGGCAAUGGAGGAGGAUCGCUACAGGAGGGUGAGCGUUAGCGAGGGCGAAGUCGAUGACAUGGACGAGGAUGGAGAGAGCGAGGACUAUCAGCACUAUAAGCAUUAUUGGCGCGAAUUGGACGAGGACGAGGGCGAUGACUAUCUGUAUGAGCAGCAGCAGCGCGUCGACGACAUCAUAGCCGAGGAAGAUGAGGGGGAGAACGAGCCGGAGGAGAACGAGAAGGAGAAGGGCGACGAAAAGUCGAAGCAACUACUACCAGCCGACAAUCUUAAAUUGGAGGAAGUUAACCACGGUGAGUAUGGAGGAAAGGAGCAGCUUAUUAUGGAUAAUAUGGAAGAGGAGGAGAAACUCACCACAAUGCGCAAAGAUGCGCAGGAGGAGGAGGACGAGAAGGAGACUACACCCGAGAAGGAGAGAAAGAAGGAGCAGGAUAAUGUUGAUGGGGCUAUGAGGCAAGGACCAUCAAGUGAUAUUAGUGCUACUACCAUCACCGAAAAUAACCAGCAGCAGACACCAGUUACUACUACAACUACGACACACAUUAACAACUGGCAAACUGGCGAUGCAAAUGAUAAUGAUUCUGAUUAUGAUGAUGAUGAUGAUGUUAAACUAUUGGAUAGUAUUAGUGAUUUAAAUGAAAAGCUACCUGAAAUUUAUGAGACUGCAAAUAUUGUUGUCAACUCAGCGGCAGUGCCAGAAGCAGAUAAAGAAGCAGAGGAAAUUGCAGUAGCACGUGAAGCUACAGAAAUACCAUGCCCACCAACCGAUAACCUAGAAGAUGAUUCGAAUGGGAUCAGACCGAAUGCAAUGGCUGCGUCUGCGGCUGAGGGUACAACAAUGCGAACGACUUUUGGCAAGGCGGCAACGGUGGAUGCUCCCAUCCAGGCGAAGCCCACCCGUAAUGUUUACUUUGCUCUCGAUGCAUAUCAGAACGACGAGGAUGCCGAUAUCGAUGAAGACGACGACUACGACGAGGAGGUUGGGGAGCAACGCAAGCAGCCGGGAGGGCCUUCGAUCGCCAAUGCCUACACCCGCAAGCAGCGCCAGCAGCACCACCAGCGGUAUAUAGUGCCGGCUCAAGGCCCCAGGCAGCAGCAGCAACCGGAGAAUUGGCGUUACCGCACGCACCACUCCCAGGAGCAGCAACCAGCGGCUGGCUAUCGGAAGUACCGCCCACCCUUCAGCACUGGAGGUGGCGGCGGUCACUACGGCAACCAACAACGCAACUAUCUGGGCAGCUUCUCGCACAGCGGCGGGGCCGCUGGUUACAAGGUGGCUCCCCCGCCAUUGAUGCAGCCACCGGUGCAGGCAGCACCACAACGGCAUAACAGCGCUGGCAGCAGCAGUGGUAGCGGCAGUGGCAGCGGUGGAUCUCCGCCAUCCGACGAGCAGUCGACCGUCCGCAACUGGCGUCAGGAUUGCGUCUACGCUAGGAGCUACGGAGGCAACCAGUCGUCGCAGCAGCAGCAAGCCUCUCAGCCUCGCUCCAUGGUCCAGCGGGCCCAGCAGCAGCCGAGGAUCGGUAGCGGUCGCUUCGCCCAUUUGCAGGCCUCGCAGCUAAUGGAAGAGCUGCCGGACAUGCGGAUCGGCCUUUCGCCGCCCAGCGAGAGCGUGCUGCUCCAGCGACGUCUACAGCAGCAGAGGGGCAACGAUCUGUCCGAGUACUGUGAACCGGCCACUGCCAGUGGUUAGUGGGUCGGUCAGUCCAUCUUGGGGCGGAACUCUGUUUUUCACGCACAUUCUUCAAAACAACUUUCCAGUUCUAAGAUUCUUUUGGGUGCCACACUUCGGCCCGCAACAUUUCAUUCGAAAAACGAACGAAAACCAAUUACACAACAAUUCUAUUAAUUCCGCAAUUGCAAAACAGAGUUAACAAAAAACAAAAACAAAAAACCACAAAAAAAAACAAUGUUUAUACAAGAAAAGGAUAUUUUUUUUAAAAAUGUAAGAUGUGAGGAGGAAAAGAUAGAGCCGACAGAUAGAUCCAGAGAGGGGUGGCAGUUGUCUACGCUGUUUUGAAGCAAGCCAAACAGUCGUUCGAGAUAAAACAACAAAAAAAACAAAAACAAAUACCUUUUUUUAUAAAAAAGAUUCGAAAAAUUGUAAUUUAUAUUGCACUAUAAUUUUUUAUUAUGAAAAAUAAAAACGAAUACGAAAAGUGUUUGAGAUCAAGAGAUGCAUUAACCAAUAUAUAGAUUCAUUUCGUUUUGGUGAAAUCCUAAGUACUUUUCCAAAAAAAAAACUAACUUUGAUUCAAAAUCAUGGCACCGCGUAUCCAAAAACCAAAAUGUACAAGGAAAUUGUUAAAAUUUGUAUAGUAUGUUUUUAUUUCUCAUAACUAAAUUGUUAUAAGAAACACCCGGAAGGAACGAGUUAAGUUCAGUUGAUAAUUAUGUUUAAAAUGUCCAAAAUUACGAGUGGCUCGCAAAAAACACUCCACACACACACACAGCUCAUUCUGGUAAAGCGAUUUCUAAGAAAUCUCCAUGUGGAUAAGAUCUGGUUGUGCACACUUGGGUUUCUUAAAACUAGCCUUACAGAAACACUAUUGAAGAUGUAUCUUUUAAGCCCCAAUCCCCCAAUACAAGUCCUAUGCAUUAUACUACACUUUCCACACUACACUGGGCGAAGCUAAAGCUAAAUAAACUUGACAUUGUUGGUGGCCCAACUACAGGGACUGGGCGUAAAUGAAAGGCCGACAACAACAACAAACGAACCCAAUUUUGUUAAAUACAUAUACUUAUAAUAUUUAAAAAAUUGUGAUAUAAAAUGUAAAUGUAACUGCACCUGAAGAAAAUCUAUCUAUCUAUCAAAUGACGCUGUGCCAUCAACAACAACCACUUGAAACUAUUGUUAAGGCCGCCAGAGAAGGAACAUUUUCCGUAGUCUUUGUUUACGUCCCACGAAACCAAUGUCAAAGCUCAUCCACACCUAUACUUUAUAUUUUCCAACCAAUACAGCAACUAAUACUAAAAACUUCCAUUAAAAAAACAACACAAAAAAAACAAAACACUUAAAAAAUAAUUAAAAUAAAAACCGAAGAAUGCAAUAAUAAAAAGAAUUGUUCGAAAUCUCUGCACGAAAAGAUGCAAAAUUAUUUUGCCAACAGCAUCGAUUCGUGUUUGAGAAAAGUAUUGAACAUUUUAUAAAAACAAAAUAUAAUAUUGACAGCGUCCAAAUAAUUUUAAACUAUUCAUGCAAUCUAUUCCUACAGAAGCAAUCAAAUUUGCAUUGAAACUGAAACAAAAAAAUAUUGAAAUGAAAACUAUCGCUUUCGUUUUUAUUUGUAAAACUGUGAGGAAUGUUUCGCAACGAAACAAAAAAAAAGUAACUAAGAAAUUAAUUGAUAAGCAGCGCUGCGAAAAAUGAUACAACUACACACUCAAAUAGAUAUCACUCAAUAUGGUUUAGAAAUCGUCCGAUAAGCCAAUAAUGGGUAAACUUAAGUCGUUAACACUGUGCACAGCGCUGCUAUCGGGAGUCGGGAGUCUAUCGGGAGAACACCAACGAGAAAUCGAUGGGGAUCGAUACAAACGAUUGAUAAACAGAUAACAGAUCGAUAACAUCAAUUGAAUGUUUGUAUGAAAACAAUUUGUUUUAAAAUUAUUGCUAUACAAAAGUAAAGAAAAAAAAAAACAAGCCAAGAGAAAAAUUCAAGAAAAAAACCCGCAAUAAAAGAGUAGAUAUUGUUUUAUACAUGAAAACUCAAUAAAAAUGCAAAAUACAUAAAAUGUUAAA